AUGUCAGAAGAGAACUCUAUUAUACUUAAAACAAAGAAGCCGCAUGGGAUUUUAGCUUCAGUAUUUUGUUGCAAGUGUUUCAAAUGUUGUUAGGAGAUAGACCAGUCUCUGCUCACUUCAAAUGAUAGAAAAAAAAUCUUGAACAAGCUCAUCAAAAAUACGUCUGAUCCUUAAUUAUAUGAUGCAAAUAGUUAGAUAAGCGAUCCAAUUUAGAUUUUAAUAGGACUGUAUUUGUCUGAAAACGAUGAAGAUAAAAACGAUUAAUUUAUGCAAAAUUUGUUAAGAUGUAGGAUAAAUGCAAAUUAUACUUCAAGGACAAAUUAAAGAGAUGAUGUUGAAUAUUACAUUCCUUAGCUUUGUAGUUUUAUUGCUUUUUAACAAGAAUUCAAAGUAUAGAAAAUGGUUAAUUACAUUAAGCAAGCAGGAUAAAUAAAUUUUUAUUUCGCACAUCUACUUUACUUCUACAUCAGAUCUCUAUCGUAUAUAGUGAAUAAAAAUGAAAAAUACUAGUUAUUAGCAAUUGAAAAAAUGUAAUUAGAGCUUUAUGAUUUCUUUAGUGAGCACUACUCAAACAAAUAUCUUACAGCUAAGGAACUUUAUAAGGAAAUAAACUAGAAACAGAAUCAUAAUUAUCAAGAUUAAAAUGGACAUUAUGUCGCUCCUAAUGCUGAAGAAUAAUAAAUAGCUGAUGAUGUAAUUUAAAAAUAUGGAACAACUGAAUAAGAUGAAAUAAAAUAAUAUCCUUAAUUUAAAUUAAAAUCAACAAACAUAAUAUUAAAGAACUAUAAGAGAAAAAUCAUUCUAAAUGAAAGUAAUUUAAAAAAUCCUAGAACGUUUACAAACAACCAAACUUAAGUUUGCAAUCCAGAGAAUAUAUAAGAUGAAAUGAAAGGAUCAUUUAAUAUUGAAUAAAAUGGAUUUGCUUCUACAAUUAACUUUUUUGAUGACUUAAUCAACGUUUCAGAGUAAUUAAAGGAUGCAGAUCCAAAGGAUAUUGCUUUAAGAACAUAUAUUAAGUAGAUAAACGAAUAGCUUCCUUCAGCAGUUUAUAUUCCAUUUUUUUCUUAAUAGAUUAGAAAUUAUGUUGUUUUAAAUAUUGUUCCUACUGAGUGCAGAGUCUUUUCGACAAAAGAAAGAUCUCCUUACUAUAUUUGUGUUGAAAUUUACAGUCCAGAAUUAGAAGAAGCUCACGAAUUAGAAGAAAAAUAGUAGAAAAAUAAUAGUUAAGUCAGAAGAAUACCUGAUUGGAAGAGAUAGUAUGCUCUCAGCAAAGCUUAAACAGUUUAUGAGCAUUUUUAUCAGUCGCAUAACAAUACAUAGCAAUCUUUGAGAUCAGGAUAUUAAUCAGAAAGACCUCCUUCUAAAUCAGCAUUUUAAGAUGUAUACAUGUAAACAAUUGAAAAAAAUCAAUAGAGAUAUAGCAGAAUGAGUAUAUCAAACUAGCAUCAGUUUGAAUUGAUUGAAAUGUCAGAAAAAUAAGAUAAGUAAAAUGGUAUAGCUUGUGCUUAUGAGCCUCAAGAAGAUCAAAUGAAAGAUUCAAAAUUAGCAUCUAAUACCUCGAGCAUGGUUUAAGAAAGCAGUUAAAUUUAAAACACUAUAGAUGGAAUGGAAUAGCCCGUUCAUACUAUUAAUGAAGAUAGCUCAGCUUAAGAUAUGGAGUUGCACACUCACAUACCUCACUAUAUUAAUAUGAAUGGAUAAAAACCACAUAAUGAUAAUAAAGAAAUAGAAAUAAUUCCUAAUGGAGAAAAAAUUAGCACUAAAACUCUUUCUAAAAAACUUUUUGGAGAAGAUCAGGCAGAUUAAGAGAAGAGGAUUAAAAAGAAAUCGCCUUAUGCUCACUUUAAAUCAUGGAAAUUAGUCCAUUUUAUAGUAAAGACAGGAGAUAAUUUAAAGCAAGAACAAUUUGCUUAAUAAUUGAUUUAUUAAUUUGAUUAAAUUUUCAAAGAUAGUGAGCUAAAUCUAAUAUUGAGACCAUAUGAAAUUAUAAGCUUGGGCCCAAAUUGCGGUAUAAUAGAAGUAGUUAAAAACUCAGUUACAUUUGAUAGUCUUAUUCAAAAGCUAAAUACAUAAUAGAAGGGAAUGAAUUUAUAAGAAUUCUUUAAGUCAUAUUAUGGAAGUGGUCUAUACAAAGCAUAAAAAAACUUUUGUUCAAGCUUAGCUGCUUAUAGUUUAGUUUGUUAUUUCUUAUAAAUUAAAGAUAGACAUAAUGGAAACAUUCUUCUUCAUAAGGAUGGAUAUAUUUGUCAUAUAGAUUUUGGCUUUUUGUUAUCCAAUGCACCUGGAUAAGGAGUUGGAUUUGAACUUAAUGUGCCAUUUAAACUCUUAACUGACUAUAUUAAUGUGUUAGGAGGUGUCAACUCAGAUUUGUUUAAGCAAUUUAGAUAGCUGUUUCACAAGGGAUUUAUGGCAGCUCGUAAAAACCAAGACAAAAUUUUAAUUUUAGUUAAGAUGUUUUACUCAUCUCAUGGUGCAUCUCUUCCUUGCUUUGAAAAAGGAGAAGAAGCAAUAAAAGCUUUAGAAGAAAGAUUUAAUCCAAAAAAUAUAAAAUUAGAAAAUGAAUACUUCGUUCACACAAAUUAACUUAUAGAUUAGAGCUUAGAUAAUUGGAAAUCGAGGUGGUACGAUAAGUGGUAAUAUUUUUGCUAGGGUAUUUUUUAUUGA